GUCUCUCUUAUUCUUCAAAAACCUGGGCGCCUAAUAAAACCACCAAACUUCAUUUUGAUUUUAGAAUCAGCAGAAGAAGAAGAGCGCUACCAUUGUUGUUGCUUCAAGUAAAAGAAGAGAGAGAUAGGAGGAUCGAUGAGUGCAAGAGAAAGUUGCAGAAACGAGCUUCGAACUGCGAUUCGCCAACUCAGCGAUCGUUGUCUUUACUCUGCUUCCAAAUGGGCAGGAGAGCAGCUGGUGGGAAUCGAGCAGGACCCUGCAAAGUUCACUCCUUCAAACACUAGGUUCCAGCGUGGAAGCUCAAGCAUUCGCAGAAGAUUCCGUACCAAUGACAUUACUUCUACUCCAGCAGCUGGUGUAUCAUAUGUUUCUACACCUGUGAUGGAGGAAGAUGAGGUGGUGGAUGGGGACUUCUACCUUCUGGCAAAGUCAUACUUUGAUUGCCGAGAGUAUAGAAGGGCCGCAAAUUUGCUUCGAGAUCAAACUGGAAAGAAAUCUGUGUUCCUGAGAUGUUAUGCUCUUUAUCUGGCUGGAGAAAAGCGGAAAGAAGAAGAGAUGAUUGAACUUGAGGGACCCUUAGGAAAGAGUGAUGCUCUAAAUCGUGAACUAGUAUCUCUGGAGAGAGAAUUGUCAACACUCCACAAGAAUGGCAUGAUUGACCCCUUUGGUUUGUACUUAUAUGGUCUUGUACUUAAAGAGAAAGGCAAUCAGAACCUUGCUCGAACAGUUCUUGUUGAAUCUGUGAAUAGCUACCCUUGGAAUUGGAGUGCCUGGUCCGAGCUGCAGUCCUUGUGCACUACAAUCGAGAUCUUAAACAACCUUACCCUCAGUAAUCAUUGGAUGAAAGAUUUCUUUCUUGCCAGUGCUUACCAAGAGCUGCGGAUGCACAGUGAAUCCCUGGGAAAAUAUGAAUCUCUACAAACCACUUUCAGUUUCAGUAAUUACAUACAGGCUCAAAUUGCUAAAGCCCAGUACAGUUUAAGGGAAUUUGAACAAGUUGAAGUAAUAUUUGAAGAGCUACUGAGGAAUGAUCCCUAUCGAGUAGAAGACAUGGAUAUGUAUUCCAAUGUGCUCUAUGCAAAGGAGUGUUUCUCUGCUCUCAGUUACCUUGCCCACAGGGUAUUUAUGACGGAUAAAUAUAGACCUGAAUCCUGUUGUAUCAUUGGAAAUUAUUACAGUUUAAAGGGGCAGCAUGAAAAAUCUGUAAUGUACUUUAGGAGAGCACUCAAGUUGAACAAAAAUUAUUUAUCUGCCUGGACCCUUAUGGGUCAUGAGUAUGUUGAGAUGAAAAAUACUCCGGCUGCUAUUGAUGCAUAUCGACGAGCUGUGGAUAUAAAUCCACGUGAUUAUCGAGCUUGGUAUGGACUGGGACAAGCAUAUGAGAUGAUGGGCAUGCCCUUCUACGCUCUUCACUACUUUAAGAAGUCUGUAUUCUUGCAACCAAAUGAUUCUCGGCUGUGGAUUGCCAUGGCUCAGUGUUAUGAAACUGAUCAGCUUCACAUGCUCGAGGAGGCAAUCAAGUGUUACAGAAGAGCUGCAAAUAGUAAUGACAGGGAAGCAAUAGCCCUACACCAGUUAGCAAAGCUCCAUGCUGAGCUUGGCCGUGCUGAAGAAGCAGCAUUUUACUACAACAAGGACUUAGAGAGGAUGGAAGCUGAAGAGAGAGAAGGACCAAAUAUGGUUGAAGCUCUGCUGUUCCUUGCCCAACACUGCAGAGAGCAGAAGAGAUUUGAAGAAGCAGAGGUGUAUUGUACCCGUCUUCUGGAUUACACUGGCCCAGAGAAGGAAACGGCAAAGAAUAUGCUUCGAGGAAUGAGAACAGCAGAAUCCAGUUUCCCUUUAAUGGAUGUUGAACAUUUUCAUCCCUGACCAACCUUAUAAAGUAUGCCUCCCUUUCCUCAGUUCCAUGCUUAUUGAAAUCAACUAGAAUGAAAUUACUGCAAUUUGCUCAAUUAUGAUACCUAAGUAUAUCUCUGGACUAGAAUGAUGCAGAGCUAUUGGUAUACUUUGGACAUUAAUCUUGACACACUGCUCUACACUAAAUUGUUCCAAUUGAUAGUUUUGGUCUGAAGCAUCUUCCUUAAGGUAAUGGUGCUGAAGCUUGAGGGUCAAUGGCAGGUCAGAUAUCAGCCAGGCCGAAAGAGAUUAUUUAACAUCUGUUGUAUAAUUGUGUUAGUUGGAAUUUCAAGCUGAGUUUGGCAUUUAAUUUUCUCAAAUGAUGUGCGAGACUUUGUUUUAUCUUAUUGUCAUCCCUGAAGCCACUGGUAAGUAUUGGGUAGUGAAGCGCGAUGAGUUGGGGAAUCUCAUUCCUUUCCACAGUAAGCUGGUGGAAAGAAAGAACACUACAGCAGGCUUAGGCGAGGGGUUUUGCCAGAUGUUAAUGGAAGUGAAGAGUGCAACGCAUUUAGAUCAUUUGUCCACUUCGAGGGAUGACUACCUGCAAGAGAGAAUUCAUGCAAUUUUGAGGUUUUCUAGCUCUAAUUUUGUGAGAGAUAUGUAAGUUCUUUUUCAAUCUAUAUAAUUUUUUCUUCCUUCUUCUGAAACAUAUAGUUACAUGCUCAGUUAAAAUUUGUAUAAUGAUUGGUGAAAUCUUCCUGUAA